GCCACCUCUUUAAAUCGGUUCAGAGGACGCAUUUUUGCCGAACCCGGUCCCGCAUUCUACAAUACUGCGCGCGUGGAACAAACAAAACCAGCGCCAUAACAUUCCUCCACAUUCACUCGCUCAACCUGUCUACCUAGGCAUUCAGCCACUUUAUCUAAGUCAGCCGUCAGCUACCCCGGAAAUCUAGGAGACGAAAUCGACUCUUCGGACUUUGGAAGGCGUUCGUGGUUUUGGACUUAGAGUAUCGUAAUAAUACACCUACUUCACAACCAUAUUGGAUACUAGCCAAGGAAUGAUAUAACGGUAUCGACAACCUAUCCGUACGAUCUCUUCCGCGACAACCCGUCACCAUGGCUAUUGGCAAAGAAGGAAAUGUCAAAUGGGUCGAUGGCUUACGAGGUUUCGCAUCUACUCUUGUAGUAUUAACUCAUAUUGCUAGAGCUUUCGAUGGCGAACUCUUCCUCCCCGCGUCCCACGAAGGCGCGCAACCUCGACCUAUGCAAUUGCCCUUCCUCCGAAUUCUCGUUCAAGGUCGUAUUGGCGUUACGAUCUUCUCCUUUGUUACCGGUUACGUCUGUGCUCUGAAGCCCAUCAAGUUGUACCGACAGAACAACCAAGAUUCUGCUUUUACUUCCAUCGCUAAAUCCGCCCUCCGCCGUGUUCCCCGACUCGUUAUACCUUGUGCUUUUGCUACGUUUCUUAUCUGGAUUAUGGCAAACCUGGGAAUGUUCCUUGUCGCGAAGCAAAGCGAUUGUUGGUGGUGUGGUAAAACCGCACCCGAUCGCCAGGCCAACGCAUUUUUAUCGGUGAAGCACUUGGUUCAGAAUAUCAUUUCGACAUGGACGAGAGGUCAGAAUGCUUACGAUGGUAAUCAAUGGACUCUGUUGCCCUUGCUCAAGGGUAGUAUGGAAGUGUACACAUUUAUUGUGGCUACAGCCUACAUUCGACCUCAGUUCAGAAUGGUUUUGAGCUUAAUGAUGUUCGCCUACUUUUGGAUAGCAUCGGACUCGGCUUUUGGUAUGCAAUUCUUCUGGGGAGUUUUCCUUUGCGAUCUACAGAACCACCCUCCCGCCAACGAAUGGCUUACCCGACGACCAAAAGUUUCACGAAUGCUUGCUGCGAUCUUCCUAUUUUUGGGUCUAUAUGUCGCCUCGUAUCCUGAAGGACAUCCAGAAUGGGCAACUUGGUCGCGCUACCAGUUCACGGUUCUGAAGCACAUUCUGCCUAAGGAUCCCGAUUACCCCCGAUUUGCUUCUGGUAUUGGUCUAGAAUUGAUCACUCUUGGAUUGCACUUCAGUCCCGGCCUACGCGAUUUGAUGUCCAGCAAGGUGCUUCUUUGGUUUGGCAAGCAGUCUUUCGCUGUUUACCUCCUUCACGGCCCUCUUCUACGAAGUGUACUAUGCUGGAUGGUUUACGGAAUCCAUGUGCCCCCACCAAUCACCAAUGAUAAGGGUGAGACGAUUCACGGUACUCUCAUGUUCCCCAGCGGAUGGCGCCUCAUGAUUGCUCUACCGUUCUGGAUCCCCCUGAAUUACGGUGCUGCGAUGCUUUGGACUGGCUACGUUGACCCCUACUGUGCGACAUUGACCGAGAAGAUAGUGGGCAAAGUUAUGUUGGCACGCGACGAAAAGGGUGCUUUGUUGCCGCAAUAGAGAUGCGGUAAUGGCCACCCUAGACAUUACGAUUAUGAUAAAUACUCUAGGUGACAAGGAGUCGCAUAGAACACCAGCAAUUGGAUAAAUCGCCAGGUAAUCCCUGAGUCGAGUCUAUUGCGAGAAUUCAUCGCUUCAAACCCUAAAGUCACCACUCAGAGUCAACUUCUAUAUUAUU